GUUUUGCUUCCACAUUCAUUAGGAAGUCCUACGAUGUCAGAAGAGUUGAUAUCACUCCCCUGGAGCAGAGGAAGGUAACUUUUGAUACCCAUGCUUUAGUGCAGGAUCUGGAAGCCCAUGGCUUUGGGAAGGAGCAAGCAGAGACCAUCGUAUCAGCAUUAAUAACCCUGUCCAAUGUCAGCCUAGACACUGUCUAUAAGGAUAUGGUUACACAGGCUCAGCAGGAAAUAACUUUGCAGCAGAUAAUGGCACAUUUAGACUCCAUUCGAAAAGAUAUGGUCAUCCUGGAGAAAAGUGAAUUUGCAAACUUGAGAGCAGAAAAUGAGAAAAUGAAAAUUGAAUUAGAUCAAGUUAAACAGCAGCUAAUGAAUGAAACUGGUAAAAUCCGAGCUGACAGCAAGCUAGACAUAAACCUGGAAAGGAGCAGGGUGACAGAUAUGUUUACAGAUCAGGAGAAGAAACUGAUGGAAGCCACUACAGAGUUUCAUAAAAAAGAUUCGAGUACCAACAGCGUUAUCUCAGAAAUCAGUAAUAAAAUUGACACUGAAAUAGCUUCCUUGAAAACACUCAUGGAAUCGAAUAAACUUGACACCAUACGUUAUUUAGCAGCUUCAGUGUUCACCUGCUUAGCAAUAGCACUGGGAUUUUACAGGUUCUGGAAGUAG